AUGAGCGACGUUUCCAAUAUUGAGACGACUCCAGCGUCGGAGAAGCCGGUCAAAGAAAACGAUGAUGUCCAAUUCCCGCCCUUCCCUGAACCAGGAGAUGAUGACUUUGAAGAUGAUAUACCAGAAGAAGAGAGAAAUUAUUACAAAAAUAAAUUUAAAGAUUUAAAUACUGUAACAAGUUUGAGGUUGCAUUGUUCAGCUUGUGAUCGACAUUUGGGUUGUUCUGCUCGCAAUGAUGCUAAAAUGCGUCCUCAUCCCAUGCUUCGUACUUUAGUAUGCCACACUUGUCACACUUUUUACAAUAGUGGGGAAUUUGAAAAAGGUGAUGAUGGAUCAGAACUGUAUUGUCGAUGGUGUGGCCAGGGUGGCCAAGUUUACUGUUGCUCGGAUUGUCCUCAUGUAUUUUGUGCAAAAUGUGUAAAAAGAAAUUUGGGUAACCCAAAAAUUAAGGAAAUAGAAGAAGCAGAUGACUGGAAAUGUUUUAAGUGUAACAAUAGAUGUUUGUGGGACUUACGGGCCACAUGUUGGGCAGUACUUCGUUAUUGUGAUUUAAAAUCAAAAAUUACAUUUGUGACUCAAGACCCAAUAUUAAAAGAAGCAUAUCAAAAACACUGUGCUAUAGAUCAUUCCGAAUGCUGCAGAAAUAAAUUUAGGCGAAAAGAAAUAAAAAAGAAAGAAUUGGAACCAGCUCCUAAAAAAGGGUUAACAGAUUCUAUAAUAUCCAAAAUACCACCAACAAUACAGGUGAAAAAAUUUGCUUCUAUUAGUAUGGAGGAGUCACCAAAACUAGAAAAGAAGGCACAAAAGCGUCCAGCUAGCCCAAAAAAUAAAGCUAUAUUCAUUAAAAAUCCUAUAGCCAUAUCAACUAAAGGAGUAAACCAUAUGGGCAUACCCACACUGCCAAAAAAAGUUAGAAUGCCAAAUUCUGCUGUUAUAAACCCAGUGAGAUUCAACAAUGACAGAAAAAUGCAGCAAAACUUCAACACCUACACAAGGAUAAGACCGAAGGCAGCGGGUACUCCUAUGUCGAUAAUGUUCAAUGGCUUCAACAACGCUGCGACAUAUAACAACGACAAUAUAAAUUUGUCACUGGAAAGUUUGACACAGGGCUUAGAUAUUUCUGCUGUGGCAGCAAUGGCGGGGGGCAGCUCUCUCGAUGACGAUGUAGUCUGUACACCCGACUUCCCUUUGGAGCCAUUGUGUGAGGUGACUGAAGACAACGGCGACGACGACGUGCAGUGCAUGACGCCGGGGCCCGUGGUCGCCCCCAAGUCCUCCACGCCCUUCCUGGCCAUCCGCGCCACCAGCACGCUGCCCGACCUCAGCCCCGAGAACAUCGUGCAGAUGACGGACAACGACGUCACCGUCAACGCGAACACGGGCGGCCUGAAGUUCAGGGUGGACCCGCAGACACUCUCCUCCAACAAGAUGUACCGCCUCCCCGAUGGUCGCAUAUUUGCCAUCAACGCGAACCCCAACAUGCCAGGCGGCUAUUCCGCCACCAUCGUCGCGGUUACGGAUAACGGCGCGGCCAAGAACGCAAAGGGCACGACGUUCGCGGCCAAGCUGAGCGCGGUGUCCGCCGCGCCGCCGCCCAAGUCCGGCCAGGGCGGGCAGGGCGGGUCCGCCCGCCGCGCGCCGCCCAAGCGCCCCCCGCCCAAGUCCGCCCGCCCGACCCGCGCCUCCGACGCCGCGCGCGUGUGCGACCUCAACGUGCCCGUCGAGUGGUACCGCUACAACCUCAUCGACGCCAUCGACGCCAUGGAGUACUCGCUCUCGAGGCUCCACCAGCUCAAGAAGGACACCACUUCCAUGCACCUCCGAACGCGCUCAUUGAGUGAAAUGCGCAAUUUGCAUAAAGCGUUGGAGCGUUCCUUGAACACCUCCGUCACCAGGUUUAAAGAUAUACGGGAUAAUUUGAAUAAAGAGUUCAAGCAGUACGUCGCAAAGAAAUCGAGCGACAACGUCAGUGAUGACGACGAUGUGGAAAUAUUACACGAGGAGGACAAUGACGAUCCUAUUUUUAUAGAUGAAAAUUCGACUGAGUCAAACAUGAACGAUAAUCAAGAAGUAGAUUUGACGGCGGUCGGAAGCAGUGACCAUAACGAAAGCAACGAAAGAUCCCUUGAUAAAAGCGAUUAUUUGAGAAAUGAAGGCGAUGCGUGUUCCGAUGCAGAAUCAUUCUUAAAACAGAGAAAUGAUCCAAGCGAUGAACUUUUAGACCAAAGUAAACAAAUGGAGGUACAAAAUGAUCAUUCGGAAAGUGAAAUUACAACUGUAGUAAAUGCAAAAGAGAAAACCGUCAUAAAACAAGACUCAAUAGAAAAUGACAGUGAGACCAAACAGAAUGGGGACAGACGAGUGGAAUCACCGAAAACUCCAUUGGAAACUGAUGAAAGUUCUACUAAAAUUGUAAAAGAAGAAAAAAAGGCUGAUGAGAUUAAAGAGGAAAGACUAGAUGAUGAUAUUUUAAAUGAAAAUCAAGCUGACAGUGACAAGAAAAGUCAAGAUUCGGAAAUGAGUGAGGAAAUGAUUGAAAAUUUAUUGAAAGAUGAUAACGGCGAGGCUGCGCUCGAGGGA